AUGGGCUUCACGAAAAGGUUUGCUGCCUCAAUUGGCAACAGAGAUGCAAAAAAUAAUAAACCCAACAAACGUAAUAAUAAUAAUAAUAAUAAUAACAACAACAACAAUAACAACAGCAAUAAUAACAAGAAUAAUAACAACAAUAACAAGAAUAAUAACAAAGAUAAUGACGGUAAUAACACUAACAACAACAUUAAUAGUAAAGAUAAUAACAAUAAUAAUAAUAAUAAUAAUGGUAACAAUAAUAACAAUGACAGAGUUAAAAAUGAUAGAAGCAUUAGUAACAGUGAUGAUAACACGGACAAUGUAAGUUCGGUGAAAGCUAAUGAUGAUUGCAAUGAAAGCAAUACCAACAACAUCAACAACAUCAACAAUAACAACAUCAACAAUAACAGCAUCAACAACAACAACAUCAACAAUAACAGCAUCAACAAUAACAACAUCAACAAUAACAACAACAACCACAACAUCAACAAUAACAACGUCAAUCCAAAGGACAUACACAAUGAUUUACAAUCUGAUUCUUCGGUAUCAAAAAACAGAGAUUGUACAACGACCCCUAAGUUGUUCAUU